AUGUUCCAUACAACUAAGAACCUAGUUUUUAAAGAUGUCGAUCUUCCAACAACCUUGGAGACAUUCCUUGAACGUCGUAUAAUAUCCCUUAAAGGUAGUGCUUUAUUAAAUAACUAUGAGGCAUUAAAUGAGGAAAAUGAAGUGCAUAGUAGUCUUCUAAUGUCCAAUGUUUCACAGUUUAAUGCAAUAUGUGAUAACGAGAAUAAUAUACCAUUGUUGCCCUGCAGUAGAAAUGAAAAUAAAAUAACUCGAAUCAACUGUCAAGAACUCGAGUCUUCAAAUCAAAUAAACGCAAUUCGUAUCAGUUCAAAAGUUAAGUAUCCUUUGUGCAGUUCUGGUAGAAUACAAGUGACUAGUGGUAUGUAUAAGUGCAAUACGUGUGGUUUACCAGUUCAUGCUAUAGAAGGAUCUUCUUAUAACUAUGUUAAUGAAGAUACUGUGGAAUUAUGUAGUGAUUGUUUUAAUGGUUCGAUAAAUACUAAUAACAGUAAUUCAUAUAGUUCUAAUACAUUAUCUCAAAUUUUUGAAACACCGACAGAAGGUCAUAUAGACAACGGGGAACAAAGUAUACUGAAUUUAUACACUGAGCAAAAAAUAAACAACUCCAAUAAGAGCCAAAAUCAAAUAAACAAAAUUAGUUUGAUUAAAAACAAUGAUGACAUCUCCAAUGAAAAUAUAGCAAUGGAAAAACCUAACCUAACUGGAAUAGGCAAAAAAAAAAUCAACAAAAUCCUAUUUAUUGCCAAAUCCUCAUCUAAAAUAUAUAGAUAUGACAGCCAGACAAACAAAAUCCCUACCAUUGCUAAAAAAUGGUUCAAGAGCAGAAGAUCUGAAGGCAUUAUCUUUGAAAAAAUAUGGCUCAGUUAUACUUUCAAAUACAUGUGCCUUCGAUACAGCCGUUUUUCUCCUUAA